AUCACAUCUUCCCUUCCACUCUUUCUCCACCACGUCCGUCGGACAGGUUUGUUCAUUACCUACGCAUUUAUAUUCUCGAUUGGCUUCCGAGGUAUUCGGGUUGCCAUUCCGUGCGCACAUCGACAGCGCGUGUCUAGCAUUUUAUAUCUCGAAGCCCUGUUAAUUCCCGCCCAUGUCUUUGACAAACGAACUUGCUGACGAUCUCCCUUCCGCAGCUUCCACGCACAACCUCACCCUGACUCGCACUGCCACCGAGAUCGUCGAGUUGCACGUCAAGCUUGCAGACUCCGUCCCAGGCACCAAACUCCCAAAGUUGCCCAUAGAUUUGGCGGUCCAGCCCAUCAAGCGGAAUAUCUUCCUCAACACGCUUUCCCGUCUUGCAUCCCCAAGCAACAAAGUAGCGCGCACGGUGUCUACACGCAUUGCUAGUGGCAGUUCCAACGCCGGCGUUCCCAUUGCUUCACCAUCGCAUGAGAUUGGCGACCCUUUUACAGAGGCAGGCACCACAGGUUCAGGGGGCAAUAUGGUCACGAGCCUUGCUGCAUAUCUCACCACCAUCUCAAAUGAACCAACGUUCCGACAGACCCGUGCCUGGAAGCGUUUCGUACGUGUGCGCACCGAUGACCUCGAGAGCGUGCGUGUAGAGCGCGCGAUCAAGCGUGUGCGUUCUGAUCUGGCAGCGCAUGUGGGUUCGAAGGUUACCACCAAUAUCAGCUCGGGCAACGUCAGCGAAAUCGAGGCGGAUGGCAUUAGUACUGCGAGCGAAAUCAACUUGAAUGACUUCAGCGUUGCUGACUUGAGAGAGGAGGGGAUUAAAGAGGAGGAAGAGGACGCGGAAUCUGCUCCUGUUCAGGCGGAAGGUCAAGCUCCUGCUACGGAGGCUCCUGAUACUGGGGCAGCCGAGGACAUUGCCAUUGCGGAUGAAGCAGUUCCUGCACCCAUAGAGACAGAACUAGCAGCUCCUAACGCGGCCGAUGAGGAAGAGACAGCUGUCUCUACACCUGUCGCAGAUGUCCAAAUUUCCCGGAUACCUCGCUCCCACUCUGCCGAUCCCGAUAAAUCCAGCCGUCUCUCACGAGUGUACACCUCCUCGACGCUGCAGGAUGGCACAAGCUCCCAAACAGGCGAUGAUUCAUCGAUCAGCACCAACACUGGGGGACGUAAGAAGCGCUCAAAAUCCACCGAUCCGAACAAGGAGCUCAAGAAGCGCUCGAAGCGCAAAGUCGUCAUUGAUGACUUCGAGAUGAUGCGUGUCCUUGGCAAGGGCUGCGCAGGUAAAGUCUUGCUUGUGAGGCACAAGACGAGCUCGGAUCUGUAUGCCCUGAAGGCGAUCACGAAACGCCAUGUCUUGGCGCACCAGGAGCUGCAGCAUACGUUGACAGAACAAGCUGUACUCAAGCGGAUGGCAGCAGAGUCCAAGGACCCAUUCGUUGUCAAGCUUUGGUGGAGUUUUCAUGACAAGGAGAAUCUAUUUUUAGUCAUGGACUUCCACCCAGGUGGGGACCUUGCCACGCAGCUUGCACGUUGGGGUAGGCUGGGUCGGGACCGUGCACGAUUUUAUGCCGCGGAGAUUGUCGAGGGUGUCGAGGGCCUGCAUGCAGCCGGUGUCAUUUACCGCGAUCUCAAACCCGAAAAUAUCCUUAUUGGUGCAGAUGGGCAUAUUGUGCUGACGGACUUUGGUCUUUCAAAAGAGUUCCCACGCCGUGCAGCCGCGAUGACUGCGCCUCCUACUCCCUCGGCGACGAGGAGCGAGUUUUACUCAGCUCCGGGCAGUGAGCCCUCGACGCCGCCCUGGAUGAAGGGCGAGAAGUCCCAGGAUCUUGCUAUUGGAUGGCAUGGGCCGACUGUUGGUCCUAUGGAUUCGACGACGACUUUCUGUGGCACAGCAGAGUAUUUGGCUCCAGAGGUCAUCCAAGGACUGCCAUACAGUUACGAGGUCGACUGGUGGAGUUUCGGCACGAUGCUUUAUGAGAUGUUGACAGGAAUUACGCCAUUCUGGGCAAAUAACCACUCCGACAUGUAUGUCAGAGUCCUGCAGGACGAACUACAGUUCCCUGAGGAUAGAGCGAUUGACCAGGACACUAAGAGCUUGAUUAGAGGGCUCCUGCAACGAAAUCCUGCACUUAGGAUGUGCGAGCCGCGGAUCAAGCGGCACCCGUACUUCUCCAUGAUUGACUGGUCGCACGUGUAUUACAAGCGCUACAUACCCCCCUAUAUCCCACCCAUCGACCCAUCCAAUGCCAGUGAUACCCAGAACUUCGACGAUACAUUCUUGGACAUGGAACCAGUUAUUGACGACCCGAAUGAUCAGGAACAGACCGAUACGGACCGCGACCAGACAGACGCCGAGCCCACUGAUGGCGAUGGCGAAGACUCGAACACGACGCCCUCGCACUCGCGUAGCCCAUCAGUGCAUCCAAAUGACGAGAGUGUCGAUGUCUUUGAUGGGUACUCGUUCAAGGGCCGGCAUUCUGUUAUCCUGGACGAUGAUGACGACGACGACGCAUCUGGAGAAUCUGAAGGAGAUGAAACGGAUGAAGAAGAGAUACCAGACGUUAUCGUUCUUGCAGAUAUCGUGGAUACCCCUGUGCAAGCGGAGGUCGAGGAGAUAUCUCCUAUUGUUAAUGAAGCCACUCCAGAGCCGAAGACUCCUGAAGCGAGACCACAAGUCUUGCCAGAGGAGCAACCCGCCGAGAUUAUCGUCCAGCCGCAAGAGGACUCUGCAACGCCGGUUGAGCCUGUUACACCAUCGGAGCAGAUAGCCACUCCUCGCACAGAAUCGCCAGUGCCGACUACUCCCACAUCACCGCCUGAAGAGAUUGUGCCUACUCCACCGGCAAAGGAUAUGAAGCCGAAGAUCACGAAACCAGUUGCUACUCGGCCGGGCGCCCAUCGUUCAUCGCGUAAUCGCCGAGAGAAGUCUGGUGUCCCUGCCCUUGACCGCUUCCUUUCUGAUGGCCCUGAUGAAGAGGGUACGGAGAAGGAAGAGGAGGAUGAGGACUGGGACUUCAUUGAAGCUGGAGAUGGCGAGGAUCGCAAUGGCACCAAGGGCACAAGCCUGUUUGCUCGCGGCGUCGUCGACCGCUACCGGCUGGCCGUAUUCCGCAAAGCAUCUACCCCUUCGCAACGGAUGGGCGGACGCUCAUUUUCUGGCAUGUCAAAAGAGUCUGAUAUUCACGGUACCGACCUAGGAGAUUCACCCAGUCCGUCAGAGAAGCACCGUCGUGGACGUACACCUGGAUUGAAGUUCCGAAAAACGCCCAGACAGUUCCUCCGCGCAAAGUCUCCUCCAUCCUCAUUUUCCGCCAAAUCAGGUCCCACAGUCAAAACUCUCACUCCUUCCACAUCCGCUACGCUAUCAUCUGCAUCAAGUGGCCUCCUAUCGCCUUCCGUCUCGGGCACGAGUUCGACACCAAUGUCACCGUCGCUCAAAUCGAAAGAGUCAGCGACGUCGGUGGGCGAAAGUCUAUCGUCGGAUCAAUCAAAUGGUGAUACGAUACCGGAAACCCUUGUUUCACCCGAAUCGACGAGGGGACCCUCGGCUGCUCACGCCGAGGAGCCCGAGAAGCUUAAGAACAAAAAGCUAAAGAAGUAUAAAGAAGGCGCAGAGAAAAUGCUGUCCCUCUUCGCUUCUCCUCGUCAAUGAUCACGGUCCAGACGACCGCAGGCCCGGUCCCCUCCCUCGUUCCUUUCCCCUUUUCUUUUCUUUUCUGUUUGCUGCAGCUGCAUUCACAAAGUCAAAGUCAACAUAAUCUUGUAUCCUUCAUCUCAAAACCCAUUAUCACUAUGCAUCGCCUCACAAUUACUUACUAGCACUUUCCUUGCCAUUCCCCUUUUUCCAAAUUUUUAUCAGUUCAUCAAAGGAUGGUUUUGCGACCUAGAAUCGCGACCGGUUUUCUUCUUUUGCUCCAUUACCAUUACAGAUGGACUUGACCUCGGGUGCUCGUUUACGUUUUCUAAUUGAUUGCGUUUUUCUGUCAUUACUGUUUUUUUGCUUUGGAUUUCAAUCGUAUUGCAUCCCCAAUAAUCGGUCGGUUUGAUACCCAUGUCAUUUUUUUUGCAAGGAUUCAUUUUUGUUGGCCUUACCUUGAACGCAUGUACUGCACCCCUAAAGCGAUAA